AUAGCAUCCUGCCCACCUGCUCCUCUAUUGGCCGAGCUCAGCAGCUUGCGGAUACUCACUUCCAAACUUCCUCAGUAAGGGAAAAACUUUCCAGCGGUGAGGAGGAGGAUGAAGUGUGCAGCGGAAUGGUGGGAGCAGCUGUUGGAGUGAACGCCAAAAUGGAAAUUAUUAUCUUCUGCACUUAAAGUGAACCUGCAUCUGGACUAAAACAGCUAAUUUGGGGAGGUUUUACAACUGGAAAAAAUGAUUUGAUCCUCACUUUUAUGCUAAACUCAUUGUUUUGUAUUUUUUAAAAAUAUGAUUGUGAUCUCCUGACCAAGCUGGACCAGACCUGUACCUAGAUUGAACCUCUCCUCUGGGUUUUGCAACUGGAAAAAAAUCACUUUAGAUGAUUCUACCGGUAACUCAGUAGACAUUUUCACCAUGCUUCUUCUUCAUCUACUUCUGGUCCUGAGCAUAAGCUGGAAGGCAGGCUGCUCUGAGCACAAGCCCAUCACCAUCCUGUACCGCGUUUGGGAGGAGCAACCUCCGGGAACUCGGGUCGGCUGCCUGGUAGAUGACCUCUGGCAAAUGGACCAGGUGGGUCCUCUGGAGAACUUCCAGGUCGUGGAGCACGGGCGGGCUCUUCCCUUUGCCGUCAACGCUGGUGACGGUGAGGUCUCCACCCAGGGACGCUUGGACCGGGAGCAGCUGUGUCACGGGGCAGACGAGUGUGAGAUUUCCUUUAGUGUCCUGUACAGGAAGAGCGGGGCAGUGCACUACCUGCGAGUUCACGUGGAGGUGAUGGACCUGAAUGACCACAGUCCUAGCUUCUCCAGUCCCGUCCAAGAAGUGGAGAUUUCAGAGACGGCUGGCCAACGGAUGCAGAUUCCUCUGGAGGGUGCAGUGGAUCCAGACGCGGGAGCCAAUGGUCUUCAGACCUACUCGUUGUCCGACAACCAACAUUUUGCUCUGGCUUCCGCGCACGGUGGGACUAAGCAGGCGGAGCUAGUGGUGAUCAAAGAACUGGACAGGGAAGUUCAGGGGUCCUUCGAACUCACCCUGUUGGCUUGGGACAAGGGGAACCCCCCGAGGUCUGGCAGUACUUUAAUCAGAGUUAAUAUUCUGGACUCUAAUGAUAACAGUCCCACGUUUGAGGACAACGCCCCCACGGUAGAGAUACCUGAGGAUACGGAACGUGGGACUACAAUCAUCAACCUCAGAGCCACGGACCCUGACCAGGGCAGCAAUGGGGAAGUGGAGUACUCUUUAAGCAAGCACACGCAUCCUGACAUUCAGAGGCUCUUCUUCGUGGAUCCACAGAGUGGUGCUGUGAGCAUCAGAGCUCCCCUGGACUAUGAAGCCCAGACCAGCUACGAAGUGGUUGUCCAGGCCCGUGACCGCGGACCCAACUCCAUUCCCUCACACUGCAAGCUCCAUGUGAAGCUUCUGGAUGUUAAUGACAAUGCCCCGAGGAUCCACAUGACCUGGACUCAUCCCAGCUCCCCGGCUGCGACAGUGCUGGAGGGUGCCCCGGUGGACACCUUCCUUGCUUUGGUGAUUAUUUCUGAUGCUGAUUCAGGAGAAAACGGAAAAGUGACAGCUAUAAUGCAACAUGGUUCUGGCCCCUUCCGUAUCAAAAAAGUCCAUGGUGACAAUUACAUGAUCUUAACUGCAGGUGUCCUGGAUCGGGAGAAGGUGAUGGGUUAUAAUGUGACGCUGGUGGCACAGGAUUAUGGAGAUCCGCCAUUGUCCUGUGUGAAACACCUGCCCGUCAAAGUUUUGGAUGAGAACGAUAACGCACCGGUGUUUUCGUCUACGGUCUACAAAGCUUCAUUCAGGGAGAACAAUGUGGCAGGCUACCGCGCCCUCAAGGUCCAAGCACACGACGCCGACUCGGAGCUUAGCGGCAAAGUUUUGUACCACCUUCACAACUCCAGCAAUACAAAGCCACCCAACCAGCCCUUCUCCAUCCACCCAACAAGCGGUGUCGUAAAUGUCCUUCAGCCUUUGGACUAUGAAGAGCACCACUCAUACUCAUUCCUAGUGGAGGCCGUUGAUCAGGGUCACCCGCCUCUUAGGACCACGGCCACAGUGCAGAUUGACAUCCAGGAUGAGAAUGAUAACUACCCAAUCAUCAAAGAGCCUCGAGUCAAACAUGGUGUUGCUCGAAUAAGUGUUCCCAUCAAUGCGGAUCAUGGGGAGAUUGUUUCGGAGCUAGGAAAUGAUGCAGAGGAAGGGUCGGCCAUUGAGCACUCAGUCCGAGAGGGAUUCGACAGAUUUUUUGCUUCUGUUAUAAAGGCAGAAGAUUCUGACUCGGGACUGAAUGGAGAACUCCAGUACUUUAUGACCGAUGGGAACCCUGAGGGGCUUUUCUGGUUGGACCAGGUCACGGGCCAAUUGUUCGUCAACACCACCAAUGCCACCCAGCUAAUUGGGAAAACAGUAAAGGUGGGCAUUUCUGUUUCUGAUAUGGGGACCCCCAGCCUGUCCACCAAGGCAACACUAGAGGUGACUUUCAUCAACCUCAAGGAUCACUUGAAGAACUCAUCCACUGGGGACCGGGGGCGGCUCAGCUUCACAAUGAUGCUGGCCAUCUGCUUGGGGGCAACGUGCCUCUUGCUGCUUUUCGCUAUUGCCUCGGUUACCACCUUCUGUCGGUCUGACAAAAGGGACCACCGGGCCUACAACUGCAGGCAAGCUGAGUCCACAUACACCCGCCACCCGCGACGCCCGCAGAAGAACAUCAGGAAGUCGGACAUUCAGCUGAUUCCUGUUAUGAGGGACCGCAAAGAGGAGCCCCCGUUGGACGAGAGUGAAAAGAUUCUGCUGACUCCGUCACAUGACGAACAUGCAGAGAAACUUUAUGAACUGACACCGCUGAUGAUGAACUCAAGCUUACAUUCCCAAACCCACCUGGAGGUUGACGCCCUUCCCGGCAGAACAUUACGUAAACCUGCAAACAUCCAGCUGGAUGUCGCUUUACCUCUGACGCCCGCUGCAUCCAAUCGAACCCUUCGGAAGUCAAGAAACCCAUCAUCUGCGUCUUCUUCGGGGUCCCGUUCGAGCACCUUAAAGCGGGAAACGACUCCUAUGGCGGCUCCCACAGGUCAGCCGACGCUCAGGAGGUCCAAGAUGUCAGAGGGUCGGGGCUCAAGUGAUGCUGAACAGCGACAGAUGCUCCGGAAUCUGGUGCGGCUGUCCAUGGCGGCCUUUGCGGACUCCAUUGAGCUCUCAUCUGCAUCCCCAGAAGUGCAGCAAAUUUCCCAGCUGCUGUCGCUCCUUCGUCAAGGUCAGUUGCAGCCUCGGACCAACUUCCGCGGGAACAAAUACUCGCACCGAGGCACAAGGUAUGCAGGCCAGGAUUGUUCUGAUUGGCAGAGCACCAAGGACAGCGGGCAUGGCGAGAGUGAGGUCGGCGACAUGGACUGGGAGGCAGGAAGGGACUCGCCCAUCGACCCGCAACUGGAGGAGGGGCUACACGACCUGCUCAAAAACACAGACGCCUUCUCGGAAGUUGUCGACCCAUCGUGGAUGGCACGUCUGUCUGUCACUCUGUCAGGGGACUACCACGACAACGUCUUUGUGCCCAAUGAACCGCCGUCCUCUGACAGCGAGCUGAUGCCACGUCACACCUUGGAUUCCUCGUCAUCCUUCUCCACAUUCGGGAAAACCCCGGACAAGGACGGACAACUAGGCGGGGCCUUGCUGUCAGAAGUCAGCACGCUCUUUGAAAUGCUGAUGACGCAGAAGGCCGACUCACACCCAGGUCCUCGGGCCGAUGUCCUCUACCGGCUGUCUUCGGCGUAUCGGCGCUCACUAGAAGCGGACCCUGCCACGCCUGCUGUUGGCAGCCCAAGGAGGGACCUGGACCCGCGCUCUGGACGCUUUUAACACUGGAUACCAAACAAAUUACAGGAGUCUUUAUGUUACAUCAUCUCUUUUUUUUUUUGUUAAUUUAAAAUGAUUUGUUUUGGCUUGACUGCAACCUUUUCACACAUGAUGUGUGUCCAAAUAGUGCCUUAAUACCCAUAUUUCCUUUGACAAUCGUCAUUUGAAGCUAGCUUUUAUUAUCUUUUUUGUACUUAUAGUGGUUAGGGUAGCCAAUCAACUUUACAAAAAUAAGAACAAAAUAUGAAAUACUUUUACAAACUCAGAAAUACAUUUACAUGCCAAAUUACACAAAAGCAUACACACCUUGUAAAAAUAACCACAAGUUGGAACAUGACGAAAGAGAUAAAAAUUUGGUCAAGAUUGCAACCAAUGACCAAAAAUAUGACUUUUGGUAUUCAGCAUCUUCCAUAUGUGCCGUGGGAACAAAUGAAUGUAGAAAUAGCCGUCAAGAUGUCAGUCUUCCUCUGCCUUUUUAAAAAAAAUAUCCCUAUUGAUCUACUUGUGAUAGACAUGUCCACCAAAUUUCAUGCAGCAAAGUGAAACUGGCUUCACGUGCCAAAUGUUAAAAAAAAAAAAAAAAUUUAAAUAAAGGACCAUAAGAUUCCAGAAAAUGACUCGGAAGAUUAACGCUUCAAACCAGACUAGAAGCUUUCCUAUUAAUUAAAUAGUAUAGCUUUUUGAGACCUUUUUGUUCAUCUAGUCAUGAUUCACAUGUCUACCAAAUUUCAAAAUACCCUUUUUUGGCUCAGAGAAACUGGCUCUUUGAGCUGAAUUUUUAUAUAAUAGUCAAGGUAGCAAGGAUUUCUGAAAAGAAAAAAAACCUACUGAAAAUAGUAACAUCAAACCAAAAUUCUUUUCUUUUCUAUAUUAACUUUCUGAUACUUCUUGUGGGUCUACUCAUGACACACCUUCGUACCAAAAUGUAAUGUUGUAUUGAGUUGAUAUUUGGUGAAUUGAUGGAUUUUGAUGCCAUUAAGUUUUGGUUUUGGUUGUGAAGCGUUUCAUGUUCUGUAUAUGCAUUUUCAUACUUUAGUCGGAUUGAAGUUUUAAAAAAAUGUUACGUGAUAUGUAAAAUGAUGAAAUAUGACAUUUGAUUGCACUGAUGAAUGAGCACCGUUUCGCCUGGAUCCAAUUUUGUUUGCUGUAGCCAUGAAUAAAAUUGGACUUUGUACUGGAAAGAGGAAAAUGAAGACGAUUUUGUCUUUGAGGACAAAUAGACAAGUUGUCACGAGAAGGUUGGAAACAAUAAAGAGGGGAAACAGGAAGUAUGAAAAAGGAAGUCGGUUUAAUGGCGAAUAAAGUGUUGGUAGGAAAAUGGCAUCAACACUGAGUU